AUUUGUGAUUGUCAAGCCACCAAUAGAAUUAGAAGCUUCAACGGCUACACAUCACACAUUCCCAAAUCACAACCAAUCGUUAAAGGGUCCUAGCAUUUGGAGUACUACAUUUUAUGCUUGUAGCUCUCUUAGUUGUUCCACACGCCACACAACACUACAGUGCCACGAAGACCCACCAACAUCAGAACCCAGAAGCUCUGUUAUCCACAACUCACUCAUCUCACAAUAUUCAAACAUUUUCUGAUUCUUGUACUUCAUAACUCAUCUUUUUCUUCUCAUCUUACCCUCAAAAUUCCUUCAUUAUGGCUUCUUCAGUAAUGGCAGGAGCUUCCUCUUCUUGUUCUGUUGCCUUCUCCACCAGGACUCAAUCCUCCUCUUCUUCUAAGCCAUGCUUGCCUCAUCUUUCUCAGAAAACAAAUUUUCAUGGUCUUUCUCUGCAAGAUGCAAAAAGGGUCAUCUUUAGUUCACUUGUAGCAGAGAGAAAAAGCAAUUUAACAAGAUUUAGAAGAGGGUUUGAGAUUACUGCAAAAGCUGCUGGUGCUGCUAAAACUAUUGAGGUUGAAGUUGAUAAGCCAUUGGGUCUUACACUUGGUCAGAAACCUGGUGGAGGAGUUGUCAUUGCUGCAGUAGAUGGGGGUGGAAAUGCUGCAAAAGCUGGGCUUAAAGCAGGUGAUCAGGUGCUUUAUACUAGCAGUUUUUUUGGUGAAGAGCUUUGGCCUGCAGAAAAGCUUGGUUUUACAAAAACUGCUAUACAAGCUAAGCCUGAUUCAGUUUACUUUGUUGUCAAUAGGGGUCCUGAAGUUGAUGUGAAGAAGCUCAUGAAACGUCCUGCUCCUCCCCGUUUUGGUCGAAAGCUAACCGAUGCCCAAAAGGCCAGAGCAACUCACAUAUGCAUUGAUUGUGGAUUCAUAUACACUUUAUCAAAACCCUUUGAAGAGCAGCCUGAAGACUAUGCUUGCCCUCAGUGUAGAGCUCCAAAGAAGAGGUUUGCGCGCUAUGAUGUGAACACAGGAAAGGCAGUCGGUGGCGCAUUGCCUCCUAUCGGAGUAAUCAUAGGGCUACUUGCUGGUAUUGGUGCAGUCGGAGCAUUGCUAGUUUAUGGCCUUCAGUAAGAAAAAUACGAAUCCUUAUCAGUACACCUGUAAAUGAUCAUUUACGAGACAAUCAUUAUUCAUUUGUCGAAUGUGAUUAUUUGUAUUACAACAUUAUGUUGCGAACUGAGAACCAUCUAGAAUCGACCCUUGUCAAAUUUUCUCCGUUGUAAGAGUCUGGACUCGGGAUAUAAAUGUACAUUUAUACCUUGAUGAACGAUGAUCGCACAUUUCCUAAUCAAAGCGAAUGCUAUUUUGUUC